UCCCCGUGGGCCGAGGCAAGAUGGCGGUGGACACCGCAACCGAGCUGCUGUUUUUAGACACCUUCAAGCACCAGAGUGCGGAGCAGAGCACCAACAUCGAUGUGGUUCGAUUUCCCUGCGUGGUUUACAUCAAUGAGGUCCGGGUCAUCCCUCCAGGAGUCAGAGCUCACACAAGCUUGCCUGACAAUAGGGCCUAUGGAGAGACAUCUCCACACACAUUUCAACUGGACUUGUUUUUCAACAAUGUCAGCAAACCCAGUGCCCCUGUUUUUGACAGGCUGGGCAGCCUUGAAUAUGAUGAAAACACUUCCAUUAUUUUCAGACCAAAUGCAAAGGUCAACACAGAUGGAUUGGUUCUGAGAGGGUGGUACAACUGCCUGACUUUGGCAAUCUAUGGCUCGGUGGACAGAGUAAUAAGUCACGAGAGAGAGUCGCCGCCUCCGCCCCCGCCUCCGCCCCCACCCCCCCAGCAACAGCCUGGUUUGAAGAGAAACCCAAAGCAUGCUGAUGGAGAGAAAGAAGACCAGUUCAAUGGCAGUCCUCCAAGACCACAGCCUAGGGGACCAAGGACACCUCCAGGCCCUCCUCCUCCUGAUGAUGAUGAGGAUGAACCCAUCCCAGUGUCAGUGGUUGGGGAAAAAGAAGAUGAUGUGGACCACAGGGAGGAUUACUUUGAGCCCAUCUCUCCUGACCGAACAUCCAUUCAUCAGGAAAGCCAGUACUCUGAUGAUGGAGAAGUGGAGGAGGAUCAGCCAGAGGAAGGAGAUGAUGAUGAUGAUGUGGAUGUUGAGGAGGAUGAGGAUGAUGACGAUGAUGAUGACGGGCAUACAGUGGACAGUAUUGCUGAUGAGGACGAGGAAGAAGAGGAAGAAGAUGAAGAUGAAGAAGAGGCUGAAGAGGAGGAAGAAGGUGAAGGGGAUGAUGGAUAUGAGCAGAUUUCAAGCGAUGAAGAUGGAAUUGCUGAUCUGGAACGUGAAACGUUUAAGUAUCCGAGCUUUGAUAUUGAAUAUACUCCUGAGGAUCUGGCAUCUGUGCCUCCUGUGACAUAUGAACCUUUUGAAAGGGAGCUUGGACCUCUUUUGUACUUCACCUGCCCCUACAAGACUGUGUUUGAAAAUGAAGUUGCUAAAAUCAAGGACCAGGACCCAGAGAAAGAAAAUUCCGGGGCAGUGGAAGCCUCAGUGAAGUUAACUGAACUGCUGGAGUUGUAUCGAGAGGAAAGAGGUGCAAAGUGGGUGACUGCUUUAGAAGAAGUCCCCAGCUUAAUAGUCAAAGGAUUGAGCUACCUGCAGGUGAAAGACACAAAGCAAGACUAUAUUACCCAGCUAGUAGACUGGACCCUGCAUGCUUUGAAUCUUCAGGUAGCUCUCAAACAGCCAAUUGCUUUGAACGUCCGACAGCUCAAAGCCGGCACGAAGCUGGUGUCGGCUUUAGCAGAGUGUGGGACUCAAGGAGUAACAGCACUCUUGCAGGCAGGAGUUAUCAAUGUCUUAUUUGAACUGCUCUUUGCAGACCAUGUAUCAUCCUCCCUCAAACUGAAUGCUUUUAAAGCUCUGGAUAGUGUUAUUAGCAUGACUGAGGGAAUGGAAGUGUUUCUAAGGGGGGGUGCAGACGUGCACGAAAAAAGUGGUUAUCAGAAGCUCUUGGAACUGAUCCUGCUAGAUCAGACUGUGAGGGUAGUUACUGCUGGCUCUGCCAUUUUUCAGAAGUGCCACUUCUAUGAGAUCCUUUCAGACAUUAAAAAGGUGGUUGAUCAGCUAGCAGAGAGCACUCCUUCUCUUCCUAAUCACACGGAGCAAGAACAGGAGCAGGACAUGGUAGGGCUUGAAAGAACCAACCAGGAAUACGAGAACGAUGUGGAGACUCCUAUGGACAUGGAUCAUCUUAUGGAAUCUUCCAAUAUAAGUGAAGGAGAGAUGGAAAAACUUGUCAGUCUUCUGGAAGAAAUCUUCCAUUUGAUGGAAACUGCUCCUCACACAAUGAUUCAGCCACCUGUGAAAUCCUUCCCCACCAUGGCACGCAUUACGGGCCCGCCAGAAAGGGAUGAUCCUUACCCUGUGCUCUUCAGGUACCUUCACAGUCACCAUUUCCUGGAAUGCAUCACCCUGCUGCUGUCUAUGCCAGUGACAGGUGCCCACCCAGGCGUGCUGCAGGCCGUCCGAGAGAUCCUGCGCUUCCUGGCGCAGUCACAGAAGGGGCUGCUCUUCUUCAUUGCUGAGUACGAAGCAACCAACUUACUGAUCAGGGCACUCUGUCAGUUUUCUGAUCCAGAUCAAGAGGAAGGUCUCCAAUCAGAUGGGGCCAAUGAGGAUACCUUUGCCCUGUGGCUGCUGCAUUCCACGCAGACCUUACAGUGCAUUUCGGAGUUGUUCUGCCACUUUCAGCGGUGCACGGCCAGCGAGGAGACCGACCACUCAGAUCUGCUGGGGACACUUCACAACCUUUACCUGAUUACCUUUAACCCCGUGGGAAGAUCUGCUGUGGCUCAUGUGUUCAGCCUGGAGAAGAAUCUCCAGUGUCUUAUUACUUUAAUGGAGUACUAUUCCAAAGAAGCUUUAGGAGACUCCAAGUCUAAGAAGUCAGUUGCUUACAAUUAUGCCUGCAUCCUGGUUUUGCUGGUGGUUCAGUCUUCCAGUGAUGUCCAAAUGCUGGAGCAGCACUCGGCGCCCUUGCUGAAGCUUUGUAAAGCAGAUGAAAAUAACACCAAAUUGCAAGAGCUCAGCAAGUGGCUUGAACCCUUGAAAAACCUUCGGUUUGAGAUAAACUGCAUUCCAAAUCUCAUUGAAUACAUCAAACAGAACAUUGACAGUUUGAUGACACCAGAUGGAGUUGGUCUUCCUACUGCCCUUCGUGUUCUGUGUCACGUUGCGUGUCCACCCCCCCUGGUGCAAGGUCAACAGAAAGACCUGAAAUGGAACCUUGCAGUCAUUCAGCUCUUUUCUUCUGAGGGAAUGGACACCUUCAUCCGAGUCUUGCAGAAGCUCAACAGCGUCCUCAUUCAGCCUUGGCGCCUGCACGUCAACAUGGGCACCACGCUUCACAGAGUCACCACCAUUUCCAUGGCCCACUGCACACUGACCCUGCUGAAGACCAUGCUGACAGAGCUCCUGAGGGGUGGCUCUUUUGAGUUCAAAGACAUGCGUGUGCCCUCGGCGCUGGUGUCCCUGCACAUGCUGCUGUGCUCCAUCCCUCUCUCGGGCCGCCUGGACAGCGACGAGCAGAAAAUCCAGAACGACAUCGUCGAUAUCUUGCUGACCUUCACGCAGGGGGUCAAUGAAAAACUGACCAUUUCUGAGGAAACUUUGGCCAACAACACCUGGUCUUUAAUGCUGAAGGAAGUUCUGUCUUCCAUUGUGAGAAUUCCUGAAGGCUUUUUCUCUGGGCUGAUACUGCUUUCGGAGCUGCUGCCUCUUCCGCUGCCCAUGCAGACAACUCAGGUCAUUGAACCACAUGACAUUUCAGUGGCCCUCAACACCAGGAAGCUGUGGAGCAUGCACCUGCACGUCCAGGCCAAGCUGAUCCAGGAGAUCGUGCGCUCCUUCUCCGGCUCCUCCUGCCAGCCCAUCCAGCACAUGCUGAGACGUAUCUGUGUCCAGCUCUGUGACCUGGCUUCCCCCACGGCUCUGCUGAUCAUGAGGACUGUGCUGGAUCUGAUUGUAGAAGACCUGCAAAGCGGUACAGAAGAGAAAGAGAAGCAGUACACCGGGCAGACCACUCGGCUGCUGGCUUUGCUGGAUGCCCUGGCUUCACACAAGGCUUGCAAACUGGCCAUUCUGCAUCUUGUCAAUGGAACAGCUAAAGGAGAUGAAAAGUAUGGAGAGGUUUUCCAGGAGCUCUUGGCUUUGAUGCGAUCAGCUGGGGACAACGUCACUCACCAGCAGUGUGCUGAAUAUGUCACUUCCCUUCUGCAGUCCCUCUGUGACCAGGACAUUGCCCUCAUCUUGCCAAGCUCAUCUGAAGGUUCUGUGUCUGAACUGGAGCAGCUCUCAAACUCCUUACCAAGCAAAGAGCUGAUGCCCUUGAUUUGUGACUGUCUGCUGGAAACCUUGGCCAAUUCUGAGAGCAGUUACAGCUGCCUGCUGACGUGCAUCCGGACCAUGAUGUUCCUCACGGAGCAUGACUAUGGCUUCUAUCACUUGAAGAGCUCUCUCAGGAAGCACAGCAGUGCUCUGUACACUGUGCUGAAGCGAGUCAUAACCAGCUUUAGCAAAGACACAGGUGAACUGGCCUCCUCUUUCCUGGACUUCCUGAGGCAGAUUCUAAACUCUGAGACACUGGCUUCUUGCUGUGGAGAUGAUGGAGGCCUUAUGGAAGCAGAUGGCUCUCACUCAGGCAGAACUGUGGGUCUGACUACUGCACAGCUGAAGCAUCUACUGCAGCACAAAGAAGAAACCCCAGAGAGCCUGCUGCUCGACCUGGAGAAACACGUGACGGACCGCUCUAAGGAAGAUGAUGGCCUGGAGUCCCUGCUGGACAACAUCGUCGGCGUGAGGCAGAUGUUGGAAUCGGCAGGGGACCCCUGUCCACUGAGUGACCUGGAUGUGGAGCCUGUUCUGGCUCCACCAGACUCUCUGCAGAAUUUGUUUAACAACAGGACCACCUAUGUGUUGGCAGAUGUGAUGGAUGACCAGCUGAAGUCCCUGUGGUUCUCCCCCUUUCAGGCUGAAGAAAUAGACACUGAUUUGGACAUGGUGAAAGUUGACUUGAUUGAGCUGUCAGAGAAGGGCUGCAGUGACUUUGACCUGCAAGCUGAACUGGAGAGGUCAUUUUUGUCAGAGCCAUCAUCUCCUGGCCGCACAAAAACCACAAAGGGCUUCAAGCUUGGCAAGCACAAGCAUGAGACCUUCAUAACUUCAAGUGGAAAAUCUGAGUACAUAGAACCUGCAAAGAGAGCCCACGUUGUGCCACCGCCGAGGGGAAGAGGCAGGGGAGGCUUUGGACAAGGGAUUCGCCCGCACGAUAUCUUCCGCCAGCGGAAGCAGAACACCAGCAGGCCUCCCUCCAUGCACGUGGAUGACUUUGUUGCUGCAGAGAGCAAAGAAGUGGUUCCUCCUGAUGGCAUCUCACCAGCCAAAAGGCCACCUAAAGUGUCACAGAAGAUUUCUUCUCGGGGUGGGUUCUCAGGGAACCGCGGAGGACGAGGAGCUUUUCACAGUCAGAACAGGUUCUUUACACCGCCUGCUUCCAAAGGAAAUUACAGUCGCCGCGAAGGCGCUCGGGGCUCAAGCUGGAGCGCACAGAGCACGCCCAGGGGAACCUACAAUGACAGUAGAGGUGGUCAAAGCAAUUUUAACAGGGGUCCCCUGCCACCACUGAGACCAUUAAGUUCAGCAGGCUACCGACCGAGUCCUCGCGAUCGUGCUUCCAGAGGCCGCGGAGGGAUCGGACCGUCUUGGACAAGUGCUAAUAGUAGUAGCAGUGGUGGCUCGAGAGGAAAGUUUGUUAGUGGAGGCAGUGGAAGAGGUCGCCAUGUACGCUCCUUCACGCGGUGAGGAGGAGGAGGAGGAUAAAACUUGACCCCUCAUGGA